AUGCCGCUCCAGCUCCUGACCUCUCCUCCCGCCGCCUCCGGCUCCGGACGAGCUUCCGCCUCCUAUUUCCUCUUCUGGUAUUCGCAUAGUCGGUGCCACCACCGGGCGCAGGGGGUGAGCCAUACUCUCUCUCUCUCUCGCUCUAGCUCCUCUCAGUGUAUAUAUUUUAUCUUCGCUACUUCAGAUGAUCGGAUCCUUCUGGGCCCUGUUUUUUGCAGGCGUCUUCUCUCUUUUUGUCCCGCUUCCCGCGGAGGCUGUGCUCAAUGGCGGCCGAUUCGCCCAGAGCCAUGGUCACGAGCGCCGAGUCCCAGACGACCGGCUCCUCUGUCUGGUCCGGUAAUGGCUCCCUUCGCUUUGAGCUGCUAGCUCUACGAUCAUCCCUCCAUAAAACCUCCACAAAAUACCCUCGUUCCACAAUGCCCGACGCUUCAACCUGGACGUCGGAUUUUUCUUUUUUUAUUAUUAUUAUUUCUUAAAGGGUAAGACAUGUCAGAGUAAGCAAGUCCUCUUCAGGCUACCCUUUAAACUGCUCAUCUGUCUGGUAUGAGACAGAGAUAUGAAGGACUUGGAGGAUCUAUCUGUUCUGGGCGGCAUCCUUCUGCACUGGGUUGUGGGGUUUUUUGCAUCGGCCUCCAUAAGCAAUUCUGUGUUUAUUUCUCUGGCAAUCCUGAGGGAGCCCUUUUUUUUUUGUUUUGCUUCCCUCCUCUGCUCUGUUUGCAAUCUUCUUUCUCCUUGGGGUUUCAGACGAAAAUAUCUAUAUCUGUAAAAAUGUAUGUGAUGCUCUCUCUUCUCCUCGACUCGGAUUGCGUUCCAACACUGGAUUUGUGACGCUGUUCCUGGAGCUCUUCAACUCCGACAUGCAUUUUUCUUGGUGUUCUUGUCUGCCCAUAUUGCUCGGAUUGGAUAAUUGUACUGAUUUUAUUUUCUCCUUUGAUAGUUUCAUUGAAAAUGUACAUCAUUUUUUUUAUAAAAAAAGUACUUUUCUGGCUGAAAUGUCUAUUUAUGGCAUGCAUUUCGGUAACUUAUGAAGAGUGAUAGAUAUUUUCUCAGGUAAAAAAAAGAAAAAAAAACGUAGUGGAUGACUUGGUUUCUGAGUAAAUUACCUCCCUGCUAAAGUCUCCAUUUGUGAAUGGGUUCUUGUGUCUUGUUAGGUGGCAAACAAGCGUUGAUCUCACUCUCGGACAAAAGCGAUCUUGCCUUCCUCGGAAAGGGGCUUCAAGAUUUAGGGUGUUGAUCUCGGCACUAGCUCUUUUAUUUUCAUUUUUUUAUUUUUUAUUUUUUAUUUUUUUUAUCCACCUUUUGACGCCUCUAUUAUUCAAGUUACUUGAACAUGUUCUUGGUUGCAACCUGCAGGUACACAAUUGUUUCAACAGGUGGCACAGCAUCUGCCUUAGAAAAAGCUGGAGUUUCUGUGGUCAAGGUGGAAGAAGUUACCAAGUUCCCAGAAAUGGUGAGUUGGACUCGUUUUCGAUAAUACCCUCUCUUCUUUUUUUUUACAAUAUAUUGUAUUUUUUUAAUACAAAGAUUCUAUUUUUAGCACAACAAUUCUGUGCGUAUCAUAUCAAGGAUUUUACAUUCCCUGAGAAAUAAUGCGUUAACUUUCUUAGAACUAUGCUAGUUUAUGCCACAUUUAUAAACUUCACAUGUAAAUUGGAUAUGGUACCUGUUCUUGUGAGAAGCUGCAUUCGGUAUGAUAAUCUCAGCAUAUGAAUGAAGCAUCUACCCUUACAUGUGAAAAAUAUGGUACAUUCCUUAAAUCCUAUUUUAUCCAUCUUGGGUUUGCACCCGCUGCAUGUGGAUCAUAUAAUUCACUUAUAUGGGAUAUCAUCAUGUAAGUGAAGCAUUUUUUAGUCAUCCUAUCGAAUAAUUCACUUAAAGUGAUAUAUAUAUAUAUAUAAAUUAAAUAAUAAUAAUCUUCGGAGCAUGGGAUAUUUCUGAGCAAAGAACUGUGAUCCCUUUUGGUCUAUGUUUAUCUAAUCAUGGGGCAUCGACUCCUUGGGUUUUUCAGCUUGAUGGGCGUGUUAAAACUCUGCAUCCUAGCAUUCAUGGCGGGAUCCUUGCUCGAAGAGACCACAAUCACCAUAUGGAAGCCUUGGAAAAGCAUGGAAUCAGUGGGUCACAUCUCCCUUUCUCCAUUGAAAUAUCAUCAGGGCUGUGACUGGGUGACGAGAGUUGACCAAAGAUCCUUCCUUUUCUUUCACCUUCCCCUGCAGGCACUUUUGACAUUGUGGUGGUAAACUUAUAUCCCUUCUAUGAGAAAGUCACCUCAACCGGUGGAGUCUCAUUCGAGGAUGGGAUCGAGAACAUUGACAUCGGGGGGCCCACCAUGAUCAGAGCCGCCGCCAAGGUAUUGGCUGUGCGCCCUAAUCUCUCUUCACCGAAGUUCUCUGUACCGCUGACUCAUUUGGUUCACCUUUUGACAGAAUCACAAAGAUGUCCUGGUGGUCGUUGACCAUAAAGACUACCCCGAGCUCUUACAGUUCCUGCAGGGAAAGCAAGAUGGCGAGCAAUUCCGCAGGAAACUCGCAUGGAAAGCCUUUCAACACGUUGCUGCCUACGAUUCUGCAGUUUCAGAGUGGCUCUGGAGGCAAUCAGCAGGUGGUCAUCCAUCUUUUUCUUUCUCUCUGUAGCUUGGGGAUUGCAAUCUGGGCAACGCUCGUCUCAUGCUGUUCUUCGUGCUGUAUAGGUGAGAAGUUCCCUCCUGCCCUGACUGUGCCUCUCACAAGGAUAUCUACCCUCAGAUAUGGGGAGAAUCCCCAUCAGAAGGCCUCUGUUUAUGCCGAUGACAGCCUCUCCGUGGUGAAUGCUGGCGGCAUUGCUACUGCCAUACAGCACCACGGGAAGGUGAGCUUCCUCAGUACUCCAACUUCUACCCAUCACUUUUCAUGCCCAUGCUGGUAGUUUUGUCUGUGGAUGAGGAACAUGCAGUGUGAUAACAAAGCUCUAUCUAUCUGAUGUGGUACAGGAGAUGUCAUACAACAACUAUCUAGAUGCCGAUGCCGCGUGGAACUGUGUGUCAGAGUUCCGCAGCCCCACUUGCGUGGUUGUGAAGCACACCAACCCGUGUGGAGUUGCGUCAAGGGCCGACAUCCUCGAGGCCUACAGGUUAGCUGUGAGAGCAGACCCUGUCAGCGCCUUUGGCGGCAUAGUUGCCUUCAACACUGAGGUAGAUGAGGUAAGUCAACGGCAGAGAUGAUGAUGAUGAUGAUGAUAUGAAGAAGAACUAAGUCUCCUCACAGUGGAUCCACCCUCCUUUACACUGCCUUGAAGGACCUUGCUAGGGAAAUCCGGGAGUUCAGGAGCCCCACAGAUGGUGAGACGAGGAUGUUCUAUGAGAUCGUUGUGGCGCCCGGGUACACAGAGAAGGGCCUUGAGGUCCUCCGGGGGAAGUCAAAGACCCUGAGGAUCCUCGAGGCAAAGAAGGUUGAGAAGGGCAUGCUCUCACUGAGGCAGGUGGGUGGGGGCUGGCUGGCCCAGGAGUCAGAUGAUCUGGUCCCAGAGGAGAUCGAUUUCAAGGUGGUCUCAGAGAAGCAGCCGCAGGAGGGUGAGCUUCGUGAUGCAGAGUUUGCCUGGCUGUGCGUCAAGCACGUCAAGAGCAAUGCCAUUGUGAUAGCCAAGGUACGGUCCCCGUCAUCUCACCUCCUCUUAGAAGAAAGAAUUUGCUCUUCAAAAGGGUGGGUCAGUGUGACAAGAAGUAGACUAGACUAGUAGGCGACUUGUUGAAUCCGAGGAGGAAAUAAUUUGACCAAUUUGGUCAAAUCAUUUCUCAUUCCUUGCAUUUUUCCCAUGGGCGUUGACUAAAAUAGCUCUUUCUGCUGAGAUUCUGAUGCUUAUGUAUCAUUGCCUGCCUGCUUGUUCUUCACAUCUCUCUCUCUCUCUCUCUCUCUCUCUCUGAUGACCUCUGAUCCAUCUUGUGAAGAACAACUGCAUGCUGGGGAUGGGGAGCGGGCAGCCGAACAGGCUGGAGAGCCUAAGGAUCGCCUUCAGGAAGGCUGGACAAGAGGCCCAGGGAGCCGCCCUCGCCAGCGAUGCCUUCUUCCCAUUCGGUACCUUUGCUUCACUCAAUCAACUAAUCACAUCUCAUCCCAUGACUGUUCCUCUCUCUUCAGGUUGCUCCCAACUACUCAGAUCCACACCAGACCUAAGUUGGUCCUAUGCAGAAAAAAAAAAAAGCAUCUUCCCAUAUCCUAAUAGACUCAUAACAAUCUUCUGAAGAUCAGAAACCGUACCAUAUCAUCCAUGCAUGAUGACUGACUGUGGACUGAUUUUCAUGCUCAUCUUCGAUGCUGCAAAAAUGGCAGCAUGGAAAGACGCCGUGGAAGAGGCAUGCGAGAGCGGGAUCGGGGUCAUCGCCGAGCCCGGCGGCAGCAUCAGAGACCAGGACGCCAUAGACUGCUGCAACAAGUAUGGGGUGUCCCUCCUCUUCACUAAUGUCAGGCACUUCAGGCACUGA